CUUCCCUUUUUCGCUCUCCCUAUCUCUCUCUCUCUCUCUCUGAAGAGCUUGAAAAAAGGCGACGGCCAAAUUGGCGUUCUGAUCUGCAGCGAAGAAGCCGAAGAAACGCGAAGCUUUCCCACAUUGAUUUUCUCAGGUUGAUCGAAACCCUAGAACGAAGAUACAGGAGAAAAGGAAGAGGAAGAAGAAGUUUUUGUCUCUCGAGCAUUUUGGUUCGCGAUGGGGUUGUGGGAAGCUUUUCUCAACUGGCUUCGAAGUCUCUUUUUCAAGCAAGAGAUGGAAUUAUCUCUGAUUGGGCUUCAGAAUGCUGGAAAAACAUCGCUUGUAAAUGUUAUUGCAACGGGUGGAUACAGUGAAGACAUGAUCCCAACGGUAGGAUUUAAUAUGAAGAAGGUGACAAAAGGCAAUGUAACAAUAAAGCUUUGGGAUCUUGGAGGCCAACCAAGGUUCCGUAGUAUGUGGGAAAGAUAUUGCCGUGCAGUCUCUGCAAUUGUUUAUGUUGUGGAUGCUGCUGAUUAUGAGAACUUGUCUGUCUCAAAAAGUGAACUGCAUGACUUGUUGAGUAAGCCUUCACUGAAUGGAAUCCCCUUGCUGGUAUUGGGUAACAAGAUUGACAAACAAGGAGCUCUGUCCAAGCAGGAUCUCACAGAACGAAUGGGACUGAAGUCUAUAACUGAUAGAGAAGUCUGUUGCUUUAUGAUAUCGUGCAAGAACUCCACCAAUAUUGACACUGUUAUUGACUGGCUCAUAAAGCAUUCAAAGUCGAAAAACUAAGCUGCGGUGUCUGCAAUAUCAGCUUUGAAAUGUAGGAAAAGUGAUGUUCGAAGACAAAUAUUACAAAUCACGUCUCAGUUUCCUAUGUGGGAUUGGUUGAUGUAGACUUAGUACAUGGCAGCCCACUAGCAAGGGAAUAGCUCGGCAAGGUAACCACUUUUAAAGAUGUUUGACUUGCUGUUUUAACAAGUUUUGGUUUACAAAGCAUGUAUAUUAGUGUACUGGACACUCCAAGGUUAAUGGAUCAUAGAACUUCAAUUAGUGGAAAUUGUUAUGAAAAAAAAUCUUGUAGGAAGGUAAAGACUUAAUCGAUUAAUCAAUUCUAUUCAUGUUUCAUGUUUAAGCUUAGAAUGGAACGUAUGAAAUGAUAUUAAGAACAUUAUCAUCAUAGUUUUAA